AUGGCUCCAGCUCAUACGCCAAUCGAUCGCUUUCUGCAAGGUAUAAAUACAGCCAACCUUGAGCUCAUGUUGAGUGCCUUUGCUUCAAACGCCGAGGUCAUCGACAAUGGAAAGAGCUUCAGGGGGGAUGCAAUCCGGGACCUAUGCGAACAUGAAAUCAUUGGCCAUCACGCGGAAGUCAGCGUUCUCGAACAGGAGCAUCCAGGUGACGGCCGAGCCUACGCCCACGUUACCAUUGACGGAGAUUUCGGCAAGGAUUUCGGCAUCCACGAUCCAUUUGAACUGUUCCUCGCCGCAAAAUUUGACAACGACAAGAUUCAGCAUCUCGAGAUGGGUGACUUGAACCCUAAGAGACCAGCCAUGCGUGCUGUAUAUGCGUCAGUCGGCAAUCCAACCGAUCCGUUGUCGUCGAUCCGCGUUGACCGCAGGAACGUCCCAGAAGUGACGGAGGGAUAUGUCCGAGUCAGAAUGCAAGCGGUAGGACUAAACUUCCAUGACAUCUUCACAUUACGGGGUGUUGGCAUGCACGAGAUUCGCUUUCCAAUGAUUCUCGGCAACGAAGGUGCCGGUGUACUCGACGAUGGCACUGAAAUUGCAAUCUUCCCCAAUCUGAGUACCGACCCGGACUUCAAAGGCGACGAGACCAUCGACCCGCAUCGACACGUAUUCGGAGAGCUUGUGCAGGGAAAUCUGGCCGAGUAUGCUGUCAUACCGAAACGGAACGCCGUUCCCAGACCGAACAACCUAGACGCCGAUUCAGCUAGUGUGAUGGGAAUUGCCUGGCUGACGGCCUAUCGGAUGCUGUUCAAUAGGGCCCAUUUGCGGGCCGGGCAGACUGUCUUGGUGCAAGGGUCGUCUGGUGGCGUAACAACGGCACUCAUCCAGAUGGGCUCUGCGGCAGGCUAUCGCGUGUGGACGACAGGCCGCACGGAAGCCAAACGUGCUCUUGCACAAUCGCUCGGCGCCGAGCGGACGUUUGAACCUCUUGCGAGACUGCCAAAUCUCGUCGAUGCCGUCUUCGACACGUCAGGAGCGGCAACGCUUUCUCAUUCGCUGGCAUCCGUGAAGCCAGGUGGCACAGUGGUGUCGUGCGGAAUCCAUUCGGAAGGCGGCUCCACAGAUGUCGCAAUCGACCUGAUGCACCUCUUUGUGAACCAAAUCUCCCUGACUGGAGUCUAUACAGGGACAAGGGAAGAAUUUGUCGACCUCUUGAACUUUGUAUCUGCCAAGGGAAUCAAGCCGUACAUCGGCAAGGUCCUGCCUUUGGAGCGGGCAGGCGAAGGGCUGCGCGAUAUCUGGGAAGGCAAAACGGACGGCAAGAUCGUCAUCACCAUCUGA